GCUAGCGACGGCUGCAUCGGGGCAAGUUAGCCACACGAACAACGGAAACACGUAAUUUAUUCUUUUAAAAUAAGAGUUUUAUUCACCCCGGGCUACGCAAGAGAUGCAGCAUAACGGUUAACGACACGCACAAACAAACAUAUCCUACUUCUUUGGCUGAUGGGAGAUUGUUGCUAGUAUUUACCGGAAAUUUAGUGUUGUAAAGUUUGGCACUGGUGCUGAAACCUAGGGGACAAGAGGGCAGAAUAAAGACGGCCUCUUCCAAAAUAAAUACCUCUUGCCGCUCCAGUUAUAAGGCUUGUAAAUCACCGUGAAAGACACACCAGCUUCAUCCUUAUUACACUUUCCAUGUGUCCGCUCUGCCGUCCCUCUCGACGGCAGGGAUUUAGACAAACGGAUCAUUUCCCCUCAGAGGAAGCGGCUGUUGUAAAGCAAUCCCAUUUAACCCGUUGCGUUAAAGGAGGAGAAAGCGACCCUGGUACAUCUGUACCCACAGCGACCGAGUCGUCACACUUCCUGAUCUCUCGCCCGUACAAAUCAGAGGCGCUUCCUCAAUCUGGUCCUGUAGCUCAGCGCGCCCCGGACCGGCGACCAUGUCUUUCGUGGACACUCUGCGCCAGUGGCAUGAGGCCGUCAACUGGGUCGACAGGCGGGACCUGUCCGAGGCUCUCAGGAUUUUCCUGUCGAUCCGAGAGCCGAACUCCAAAAUUUGCUUCGACAUAGGCUGUCUCCAUCUUCUCAACCAAGACCUGGACGCCGCUGAGAAGGCGUUUGAUUGCAGCAUAGGCAAGGACGAGCACCUGGCCGUUGCCUUCUUUCAAAGAGGAAUCACCUUUUACAGAAAGAAGAGGUAUGAGGAGAGUUUAGCUGAUUUCCAGCAUUCCUUCAAAACACUAAGAGGCAACCAACUGAUAGAUUACAAGGCACUGGGUCUCAGAUACAAAUUAUAUGCAUGUGACGUUCUCCACAAUAUGGCCCUGGCUGAGGCUCAGCUGGGUAACUGGGAAAAGGCCCAGGAAGACCUUGUGAAGGCUCUCGACUACAAGACGGAGGCCAAGCUCAAUAUCAUUGACAGAGCCCUGCAGUCAACCCUGAAACAGAAACUUUUCAAAGUGGUCGAGUUCCCGUCCAUGGUGCUAUUUAAACCAAAUCAGCACUACGUUGCUGAGCUGGGGAAGAAGGACUACCUGGGCAAAGCGAAGGUGGUUUCCUCCGUUGUUCCUCAGGAUAACUUCUCUGGGUUUGCUCCAUUACAGCCGCAGGUUGUAGAUGGUCCAGCUUCUCCAAAGGAACCUGAGGUUCUCAGGGCUUUGGAAGGAGAGCCCCACACUGUCCUGUUUGAGUUCGUUCCUGCGACCAGUGAUGAGUUGGCCGUAGUGCCGGGCAAUAUUGUGUUUGUACUGCAGAAGGGUGCUGACAACUGGGCAUCUGUGAUCUUCAACGAAAGAAGGGGACUUGUUCCUUACAAUUUCCUGGAACGUUUGGAGAUCUCAUUGGCUUCUAAACAGAAUGAGUAUUUGGAUGGGGGCAACCACGACCAGGGAUCACGUACUCCGGAAAGUGGACCACCACCAACCAGACCCGAAAGGAAACAAGGUCUCACUGGUAGUGAUAUAAGCUGUGGAGACACACAACAUAAGGAUGCGCAGUCUACUGACAAUUCAUACACUGUCAAAGUGCGUUUCACAUUCAACUUUGCAGUCUCAGUACCACCUGGGUCUCCCUACGCAAUGCUGGUUGAGAAAAUCAGUAAGAAACUGAAACUCCCUCCUACCGCAAUCACCUUGAGUCUAACCUCUGAGGCUGAUGAACAAAGUGUCAUCAGUGCCGACACAGAAAUGGAAAGUGUGUGGAGUCACGCCAAUGGUAGGCGCAUCACCUUGUGGUGCAACACCAAGGAGAAAACCGAUGGAGAAGCACACGACGAGAUUCACUUGGUGGCUCUUCAUUCUUUUGAGUCAUCAAACCCAGAGGAUCUCACUUUUCAUGAAGGGGACACAAUCACGUUGCUCUCAACAGUUAACGAGGAUUGGUUGGAGGGACAGUGUCAUGGGAAUACGGGUAUUUUCCCUGCAUCCUUUGUGAGAGAAGUUCCUGUGAACAGCCAGCAAUAGCUAUGCCUCUCCUGCCCUCUACUGCCUUCACCACAGGUGUCUCGCCCAACUUCCGCUCUAAGCCACGCCAGCUUCGUUCUGCCAGAAAAGAUGCUGAGAAGAGAAAGCUAAAAUGUGUAACUGUGAUACAAGACGUUUCUAAAUGUCUACUUUUGUGUAUUUAUACAUUAUGCAUAAAGCUACAAAGUGUAAACGUUGUUGUACAUGUGAAAAAAUUCUCAAAUAAACUCAAAUAAACCUGUGGCUGUAUGGAAA